AUGGACAACUUGCAGGUAUUAUCUCAGCCUAGUCUGGUGAAUAGUGGUAAUGCAGAACGGUCACGAAGUGUCUCGUUCUCAAAACUGAUACCACGCUCGUUUCGCAAGCCAAGUGGGAGCAGCCCUGGUGCUGAAAUUGUCGCUGGCUCGACAAGCUUGGCUGAGGGAGCGGAAACAGGAGAAGCGUUGGAUUCGGAAGAUCCAUCACGUGGUACUGACCCGCAGGUAACUGAAGAACAAUUGUCAGAGGCAACACCACCACAGCAGGUUUCGCCAGACUUGGCGACCCCACAAACGGGCAAAUUAUCCGCGCGGCUGAAAAAAAUGUUCAAGAGUGGAUCGAAGACCCCAGACCGCGAAGCCUCUGAAACUCCGGACUCAACACCAGAAAUACGCAAUGAUGAAAAGGGUGAAAGCGAACAACAUCAGGCUUUAGAAGCAGACGAGCAUCUGCAGACAAUCGGUACUCCAAUAGGACGAGCUAGGUCACCUUCCACACCAAUCAUGCCUAGUCACGUUUUGCAAUCAAAACUGGACAACACUUACAGCCCUAAUCAGCCUGUAUCGAGCAUUAAAGACGGAAGCAGGUCCGCCGUAGACCGUCGCAAUACCAGAUCAGAUACUGUACGCAGCAGCAAUCCUUAUUUUGCUUGUCAAGGACUACCUCCUCAUGCUCUGUCAUCCCAGGACUUCGAUCCCGCCAACGUCUCAAACAGUACUCGCUAUGAUGACUCCACGAUUCUUAUGACACCUCCUCCUACCAGCUCUACAGGGGCUACAUCUUAUUUCCAAAACGAGUACCGGAAUAACAGCAAUAAGUCUCUCAACGAUAUCAACGAAAAUGAAGAGGUAGAGGAAUUCAAGUCCUCCGGUCCAGUUGAUUAUCCGCCGACCCCGAAAAGUCCCGCUGAAAGAGUGGCCUCAGCACCUACAGUACCUUUUUCUAGGAGUUCUCUGAGUCCCCAAAUAUUUCCAGAGAAAAUGAUUCCAAGUCCACUAAUCAUUGUGAAUGCAAAUAGUAGUGACUUUUCCGAGCAGAAUGGAAUGCCACCCUUGCCGCCUCCAGCUAUACACGAACUAUCUGAAGAAUCUGAGGCAUCUCCUGUGAAGCCGACUUUAAGAAGAGUAGCGUCGGAACCAAAUGCUUUGAAGAAACUGCCAGCGCCUGCAUUGGCCGCUGCGGCAAAAUCUCGUGGUAGGCAUAGCGGGUCCGCCCCACUUUCUUCUUCUGCUAUGACCUCCCCCACGACCGAAUUUCCAGCAGACUUCGAUGAACCACAACGGUCUCGCCGUUUGAGAAACAAGUCAUUCAGCAGUAAGUUUAAAGAGGUCAUCGUUGGACCCAAAUCAUUUGAGAAAAUUAAGCUUUUGGGCCAAGGUGAUGUAGGGAAAGUCUAUCUAGUCAAGGAAAAGGAAACUAAUCGACUUUACGCACUGAAGAUAUUUAGCAAAGCAGAGAUGAUUAAAAGGAAGAAGAUUAAAAGAAUUUUAGCGGAGCAAGAAAUUUUGGCGACUAGCAAUCACCCUUUCAUUGUUACUCUCUAUCAUUCAUUUCAAUCAGAAGAUUACCUCUACCUUUGUAUGGAGUAUUGUAUGGGAGGUGAAUUUUUCCGAGCUUUGCAGACUAGGAAGACUAAAUGCAUUGAAGAAGAAGAUGCUCGUUUUUACUCCAGCGAAGUGACAGCUGCUAUUGAAUAUUUGCAUUUAAUGGGUUUCAUUUACCGAGAUCUGAAACCGGAAAACAUUUUACUGCACAAAUCGGGACACAUCAUGUUGUCUGAUUUUGAUCUUUCCGUGCAAGCGAAGGACACAAAAAACCCAGUGGUGAAAGGUUCUGCCCAAGCUUCAAUGGUGGACACUAGAAUAUGCUCUGAUGGGUUCAGAACUAAUUCUUUUGUUGGAACCGAAGAAUACAUCGCACCAGAGGUCAUUCGAGGUAAUGGACACACGGCUGCGGUGGAUUGGUGGACUCUUGGUAUUCUCAUCUACGAGAUGCUAUUCGGAUUUACACCUUUCAAAGGUGAUAAUACGAACAAAACUUUUUCGAACGUUCUGAAAAAUGAGGUCAGCUUUCCGAACAACAACGAGGUCUCAAGAAGUUGCAAGGAUUUAAUCCGAAAACUACUUAUUAAAAGUGAAGGGAAACGUUUAGGAUCCAAGUUCGGUGCUAGCGACAUCAAGAAGCAUGCAUUUUUCAAGAAGGUACAAUGGUCUCUUUUAAGAAAUCAAGAGCCGCCUUUGCUUCCUGUCUUGACUGAAAAUGGGUAUGACUUCACUAGGUUAUCAAGCAACGCAAACAAAGGAACAGUCAAGAAAGAAAGCCCCAGUACGCAUUCGGGAGUUGUAGACGCGAUGGCCGAACAAGAAAAAAUAAUGUUUGAGGAACAAGUUGAACGCGAUGAUAUUGUUUCCGAUGAUGAUCCGUUCCAUGAUUUUAACUCCAUGAGCUUGAUGAAGCAAGAUAACAAUUCAUUGAUCUAUGGCGACAACAAUUCGUAUGGAAAGAUUUCGUAUACACCGAACCAGAAUAGAUCGAGGAGCAAUAGCCAUCGCUUCUUCAAAAGAUGA